AUGUCCAAUAUCCAAGAUAUUGAGGAUUUGAAUGAGGAAGAUAUUGAUGAAGAUGAGCUCCUGGCCAUGUUGUCACCAGAGGAGCUGAAAGAGCUUCAGAGUGAGAUGGAUGUUAUGAUUGCGCCUGAUGAGAAUGUACCAGUGGGACAAAGGCAAAAAGACCAGACAGAGAAGCCUCCAACUGGAACUUUUGAUCACCGCUCGCUCGUGGAUUAUAUGUACUGGGAGAAGGAGUCCAAACGAAUGCUGGAGGAGGAGAGAGUGCCUGCCACUUUACUACCGAGUGAGAAACUCUUACGGGAUGAAGCUGAGAAGAAAGAACAAGAAGAAACAGCCGAUGAUGUGGACGUUGUUUACGAAGUGAUAGAGGAGGUCAUCAUGGACGAGGCCGGAGAAGGUGAGACUACCGAGGAGAUUAUCGAAGAAAUCAUUGAGGAAAUAGUAGUUGAAGAAGAUGACGAACCGUGUCAAAAAAGCGAUGAGACGGAGAAAGUAAAUAUCACACCAGAACAAGAAAAUGGCACUACAGAUAACAUUAAAGAGGAGGAAGAUACCGGCUGUAGAGAGAGCAGUGAAAAGGGGAAAGAUGACACCCAACUGACAGAAGAGCCAAACAUUCAACUUGAGAUUUCGAAAUCAGAAAACGCAGAACACAAAAUGAGAAAAGAGACUGUAGAGGACAAUUCCCCUUCUACCGCUGAUGAAAAACACGAGACGAAAGACGAGGCGGUAGAAGACAAUUCCCCUUCUACCGCUGAUGAAUCGAAGGAACCCCCGUACAAACCACCUCCUAGAGAAGAAAAGAAAAUCAACAAAUUAAAAAUACCGCAGCUAUCACUCGGAAAUAUCAAGAUGACCUCCAGGCCUUCGGGGAACGAGACAAACUUGGACUCCACUCUGGACAGAAUCCGCAACAGCAACCCGUCCGUGACCGAGGUGAACCUUAACAAUAUCGAAAACAUUCCCAAAGAGAUGCUUCUAGAUUACGUCAACGCUCUGAAGAAGAACAAGCAUGUGAAAACGUUCAGCAUAGCCAACACAGGAGUGGACGAGAACAUUGCCUUCCACAUUGCCAAUAUGUUGAGAGAGAACCGCAGUAUUACUACGCUGAACAUUGAGUCCAACUUCAUCACAGGGAAAGGAAUCGUGGCUAUAAUCCGUUGCCUUCAGUUCAACGAGACCCUGACAGAAUUGCGAUUCCACAACCAAAGGCAUAUGCUGGGUCACCAUGCGGAAAUGGAGAUCUCUCGCUUGCUCAAAGCCAACAACACGCUGCUGAAGAUGGGAUACCACUUCGAACUGCCCGGUCCAAGAAUGGUGGUGACCAACAUACUUACGAGGAACCUGGAUCGGCAGAGGCAGCUGAGAAAGGAAGAGCAAAAACAACAGCAGCUAAAGGAGCAGAAGGAGAUGCUUCAAAUGUAUGAAAACAGUCUUAAUCUUCCGCCAGGUUUGUUGCAAAUGUUGGGGUACCCGAUAGAGGUUCUGCGAGAGCAUGGGGUAAUUCCACCGUUGGAGGCUAUAACUGAAUCUAAAAACAACGAAGAAGUGUCGUCAAAGCAGCAGAUGUCAAAGCAGCAGACCCACAACAGCAUUCCCAAACCCACAAAAGAACCAGCACAGAACAACCCACUGAAAGAUGUCCAGCUCAAGAGGACGCCCAAGAAGCGAGAUCCGUUUUUAGACAUAGACCCCAGGGAACGAUCAGAUAAUAGGGCAGGUUUUCAGCUGAAGAAGACCCCAAGAGGGAGGGAUGCAGCGGGCGAAGGGGUGACAGACGAAAGACCGAAUCUGGGGGCUGUUAUAAAGACCCUAAAGCCGAUCCCACGCAGAAGAGUGCCUCCCAAAGUAGACGUCACCCCAAGGGACCAGCUUCUAGAUCAGAUCAAACAGAGCAACGUGGCUUACCUCAAAGCUGUGCCACUCCCUAAAGAGCUGGAAUCAAGUGAAACGAGUCUCAUCUGA